GCACGUUCACAGUGUAGCCAAUCACGAGUCUUCCAGAGACCAUUUUUUUCUUCCCUUAGGGUUUUGGAGAAUGCAAAGCCUACAUACAUCGAACAGUGCGUGUAAAAUGGGGAGCUAGAGUAAUGCGAAUUUGUUGAGACUAUAAAGUAUCUUAAAAGUUUAUUGAGCUCAUGCAAUGAGAUUUGAGUGUUGGAAGUAGAAAAAGAUGUACCGGUGGCGUUUCUCGAUCGCUAUCGUUCUCGGGUUUCUAUGGUAUUUUUCAGACUACGGACGAACGUUGACUCAGUUCGCUUUAUGUUUUUUAUGUUUAACAUCAACUUCAUCUAACCUCAAGACCGUUGGGCGAGAAAGCAGUACUCAAACAGACGAGGUGACAGAGAAGAACGUUUUACUGCAAGCGGAAGAACGUUUGUGUGACACUGAUGUGACUGAUGACACAAAAAAAACAGAGAAGUCACUGCAGUCACUGUAUCCCCAUGUAAAGAAGUCUCUUCUGCAAGUGUUUGAGUGUGCGUAUAUCCAGCUGAUCCUCCCCUGGUACACAUUCCCAGAGCCUUGCGACAGUCAGCCACUCCACCAGGUGCUGUGGAGGGAGUUUGACUGUGUCUUCGACCAGAUCAUUGACAAAGCCAAAGACUUUGACGUCUGUGCUGCAAGUGUGGGUUGCGUCCGCAUUCUGACCCAGCAUUUGCGUAAUUCCAAACAGUCUGUCAGAGAGCCAUUGUUUAGCUCCAGAGCAGAAGAAGUAGCAGUUCUCAGAGGGUUUGCUGAAACGCUGGUGCAAAAUCUGUUUCCUGAAUCUCUAUGGGGACUAGAUAUAAACCACUGUGUUUUAAAUGAAACAAUAACCUUUAAGGUGUUGGAAUCUCUGGUGAUCUGGCUCUCUGAUCCCGACAACCUCAACCAGCUGGUUGUGAGUCAGUUGGACAAAGUGUCUCCCAAUAACUCAGAGGAAGAUCUGUUGGAGUUGGAGUCGGACUCUCCAGCCUCUCAGGACAGCGAGGGCAACACAGGUGUAAAGGAUGGGACCGAGGACUCUCAGGCUAUUGACAGCAAAUCCAAAAAGAAAGCCAACAAGUUGAAGGAAAGCUGGUCUAAAUUUCUUGACAAGAUGAAGACUAAGAAGGACAAGAAGAAGAAGAUAAAGGAAUUGGAGAGGAGUCUGAUGUUUAGGGCCAUAGCUGCCCAAAGUGGUCUGACCAAUGAAGACGAAGCGAGUAGCAGAGAAGGAUCCAUUCACAGCCAACAGAACUUUGACAGUGAGGAUAGUGAUCUAGAAAACUACUUGGUCAUCGUCCAGGAGGACAUGAUGGAGUUCAAGUUGUCGUAUGAGAUGUGGUGCGUCGGGCACUGGGCUGUCAGUGUCCCUCUCGUGAGGAGGGAUGACGAGGAGCUGUGCUUUACCAUUCACUUGGAGGAGAGAGACAACCCAGAGAACCUUCAGUGGGAUGUCAGAAAGACCCGUACAGAUGUCAUCUACUUCCUCAAUAGAUGGCAGGACUCUGCUAAUGUACCCUGUCUGUCUGUGCUGGGGGAGGAGGGCUCUGAGAAGACAGGUGGUGAAGAGAUGGAUGAGAAAGCCAGGACUUCUCUGGAACUGUUCUUGCAGGGGAUGAUCUCUGAUGAUGUGAUUGGCCGCAGUCAGCCUGUGUUCCAAUUCCUCUGCCCGCUGGACAAACUGCUCAAUGAAGAGGAGCAUAAUGGGGGAGUUUGGGGUCUCCUCAGUGGCCUGGCCAACUUCCUGACCCCAGGAAAAGAGGAAGAUGAGAAAAACAAUCCCAGAGUGGAAGCCAAACAGGAUGAUCUCCCUCCAGAGUCAGAAACUCAACACUCUUCUCCUGAACCUGAGAAGGAUGUCAGUGGUGAUGAGACUGAUGCAUCUCUCCCAACUAUCAUAAUCUCUGAAUGUAUCGUUCCUUCAGAAUUUUCUGACGGCAAGAGGAAAGAGGAGAGUGAACCUACAGUGAAAUCAUGCUCGAUGACUAAUAUUGCAACCUCCUCACAAGACAAAAUGGACAAUCCUGAAAACUUGGUAGGCAAGAAAUAUUUUUGUAAAGGUCAAUCCAGGUCGGAGGAGACUUUGGUAUUCAGCGAAGCAGCUCAUCGGGAAUACAAGAUUGAUCCUGACUGUAAGACAAAUUCCAGUAAUAAUGGAGGCUCACUGUGGGACAUUCCUGACCAUACUUUGUUGCGUAGUUUUUGUGCAAAGUCAAAUAAAACUAAAGAAAAAAUGUCACCCAGUAUUUGUGGGGGGAUUGCCAGGAUUAAAGGAAGAGUCCAAGAGACUGUUGCCAAGGGAGACGCGUCACCGUCUUUAAAAAAGGACCAAACUAGCUGGGAGCAACUGGAAGCCACAAAAGCUAUAUUUGAUUUAUUGAAAGAGAUAUCUGGUAAUUCCAUCCUCAUAAACAUAUUUGAUGCAAUACUGAAACCGGUAAUGCCGAUAUUAAAAAAAAAAGUGAACAGCUUCCUGAAGAAGAUGAACCCUACAGAAGCCCACAUGGCCUCCUACAUUGACAACCUGUGUGAGAAGUGGUCCCAGACCUCUCUAGCGCCCCCUAGACCCUCCAGGGCCCCUCGCAGCUCUGAGGACAAGAACGAGACCAGAGACCGAGCUCACCAUCUCAUCAGUGCCAGAUAUUCAAACUAUUUAAUCCUGAAGAAGUCAGACAUGGAGACUGUCUUUAAACUCUUUCAGGAUUGUGAAGAAAACAAGAAGCUGGUUUAUAUGCUUCUUUCAUUCCUGUUGAGAGAGCUUCUUCCUGGUGAAGAUGCCUUAAAUGUUAGUGCCAUGGCAUUGCGGAAAGUGAAUGUCAACCACCUGCAUUGAUUACAUUAAAUGUUAGCAAGGCUAUGUUUUCUCAGGGUAAUCAUGGUUUUAGAUAAACUGUAAUUUUAGAAAAUCUGAAUUGUAUUGCAUUCGUAGGCUUGUCUUAUCACAAGUUACCUCUUAAAUUCUUGGGAGUAUGCUAGUAUUGAAUCUUAUUACAUCAAAAAACUCAGGUGCCUAAAUAUGUUCUGAGAUUGUGUCUCAGAUGUUAACACGUUAAAUAAGUUUAUAAUAACUCAACCUUACCAUACUGUACGUAGUAACAACAAACAAUUCUUGGUUUUUCAAUCUGAUAACUUUAACCAUGUGGUUAAACAGUGGCAUACCAGCCAGACUCCCUUGAAACUUUUAUCUCUAUUGUGUUACUGUAAGGAAGUGACAGGACUUUUUCCAUGUACGGUUUGAGUUUCAAAUCUCUUAUGGACAAUGUCAAAGCACUGUAAUUCAAAUGUUCAUGGUUUUGAGCACUUUUCAUGUAAGGGGGGGAAGUAUUUCUUGUUCUGGACUUGUUUGUCGUCUAAAAGAGAUCUGGAUUAGAUCUCCAUGCCUCUUUAUAUCCAAGGAACUGGUGAAGGUUUGUUAUAUGAAUGAUUUCACAAAUUCCUUGGAUAUUCCUAUGAAAUUAUUAAUAAAGCUUUUAUAUUAGUUUC